GAUCCUCUAGAACGCUGGAAGAAUUCUCCACCUGAAGCAGAAGCGGCCAGCUUAUCAGCCAUUCAAAAUGCUCUCGAGAAUGUGCCGACGGAUUCAGGCGCGAGCCGAGGGCCUGCGCUGGGUCCGCACCUGGAUGAUCGGUUUCGAACGCCUUGCCGUGCAGCUUCCCGAGCAGCUUCGACGAUAAGUGGCGAUAGUGUCACCAGUGCGUCCUCCUAUCGCUUCAACCGAUCUCACAUAUCUGUUCGAUCCCAUGGCAGCCAGUCCGGCUCUGAUAGGCCAACUGCUGGGAUCCAAAAGAAACAGGGGAGCAUAGGCAGAAAGAAGAGGAGUUCGGCCAACAACCCUCGCAUAUUUUGCUGCACGUUCUGUUGCGAUAAGUUCAAGAGCAAAUAUGACUGGGUGCGCCACGAGAAGUCCCUUCAUCUGGACCUGGAGAACUGGUCGUGUGCGCCGUUUGGGGGCUCUGUCAACCUGCCAUCCACAGGCCGCACCCACUGUGCCUAUUGCAAUCAGCUGGAUCCAACCCCCACCCACCUCGAGCAGCACAAUCAUGGAGCCUGUCAGCAACAAACGCGGACCUUCCGGCGGAAAGACCACCUGUUCCAGCAUCUGCGCCUUGUCCACCGCCUGGAAACCAUGCCACUGACCGACGGUUGGAAGAAUGUGGCCACGAACUUCUCGUCACGUUGUGGAUUCUGCGAUAGUCGGAUGACCAGCUGGGACGAUCGAGCUGAUCAUUUAACCAUGCAUUUCCGCCAGGGCUGUACCAUGGCCCAGUGGAAAGGCGACCAUGAGUUCCCGCCGGACAUCGCCGCACAAUUGAGACACAGCGUGCCUCCGUAUCUGCUCGACUUUGAGUCCCGGACCUUUGUUCCCUCCUCUGCCACAAACGGUGCUGUCAAUGAUCAUCUCUCUCAGAUGCUCUCCCGGGCCAGCUUUCGAAAUGCACUGGGCGAGCCUAAGACGCCUCCGGACUCGGAAGCUCCGCAGCCGGAGUUGCCACCAGCCCCCGAGCCUCAGUUGGAUUGCUACACUGAAGUGCUAACUCGCCACCUGAGUCAUUAUGCACGAGAGAUGAUGAGCAACGGGGUGGUCCCGACGGACCAGAUGUUCCAGUCAGAAGCGAGGCGUAUGAUGUUUGGUUAUGAAGACCAAUGGGACCAAACAUUGGCUGAUGUUCCAGAAUGGCUGGCUAAAUUUCGCCGAGAGCAGGGCAACGAUGGGACCCUGCAUGCAUAGGGAUAUUUUCCUUGGAUCCGGUAAUUUUACCACAGUUAUCGGCAGUUGAACGGUACGAAACAUCCUUCGGCUGCUCGCGUCAAUGAUUCUGAGAACUAUGGUCUAUCAAAUUACUCUCCCACCGCAAGACCACUGCUCUGCCUCAGCCGCGACCCGUAUUGAUUA